CUCUGAGUUGUCAUGUGACGUUUACAGGCAGAGGAGGAGAUCCCAUGGAGAAAAACCACCUUCUGGGUCUCAUCAAACAAAAAACAGUUAGCAUAGGUGGUCGUCUGUUCCCGGUUUGUUUGUCCCGUUUACACGUCCAACAUGAUGGAUUGGACUAAAUACCAGCUGUUCCUCGCGGGACUUAUGCUGACAACUGGAUCUCUCAACACAUUAUCAGCCAAAUGGGCUGACAUGUUCUCAGCGAAGGGUUGCCAUGAUGGCCCUCAACAUAAAUUUACUCACCCGUUUGUCCAGGCAGUGGGUAUGUUUCUGGGCGAGUUCAGCUGUAUUGCGGCCUUCUACAUGUUACUUUGCUAUGACAGACGUCGCCCAGAGCCCAAGGUAAACCCAGGCCAGAGCUUCAACCCUCUCCUCUUCUUCCCACCCGCCAUGUGUGACAUGACGGCCACCUCCAUCAUGUAUGUUGCUCUCAACAUGACCAGCGCCUCCAGCUUCCAGAUGCUGCGUGGAGCCGUCAUCAUCUUCACUGGUCUGCUUUCUGUGGCGUUCCUGGGGCGACGCCUGCUACCCAGUCAAUGGCUCGGCAUCUUCAUCACCAUCUUGGGCCUGGUCAUAGUGGGCCUCGCCGACUUCUUCAGCGGGCACAAAGACGACACGCACAAACUUAGCGACGUCCUCACAGGAGACUUGCUGAUCAUCAUGGCUCAGAUCAUUGUUUCGGUGCAGAUGGUCCUGGAGGAAAAGAUUGUCUACAAACAUGAUGUCCAUCCUCUUCGGGCUGUUGGUACUGAAGGUUUCUUUGGGUUCUUCGUCCUGUCGCUGCUUCUCAUCCCGAUGUACUUCAUCCACGUCGGCAACUUCAGCGACAACCCACGGCAGGUCCUGGAGGACGCGCUGGACGCCUUCUGUCAGAUCGGACACGAGCCUCUCAUCCUGUUGGCUCUGCUGGGCAACACGGUCAGCAUCGCCUUCUUCAACUUUGCUGGCAUCAGCGUCACUAAAGAGAUCAGCGCCACCACCCGCAUGGUGCUGGACAGCCUGCGCACGCUGGUCAUCUGGGUGGUGAGCCUGGCGCUGGGCUGGGAGCAGUUCCAUGGCCUGCAGGUGCUGGGCUUCCUGGUCCUGCUGGUGGGUACAGCGCUCUACAAUGGACUGCACCGCCCCCUGCUGGCCAGGAUACCGUGCUGCGCUGCCAUGGCGAACACAGAGGAGCAGGAGGACAGCCCCGGAGAAAGAGAGAGACUGCUGGGGGACGGCAGUGUGCAGGCCGGCGACCAGAGCUAAGACUUGAGUCCCGACGACGUCCCAGCGAACUGGGAAUAAAAUGAAAAAUGAAUCACCAUCUUUUUAAAGUGUAUCAAAAUGUCCGAGCUUCUACACCAAGUGGUUCCACUUGUUAUUGUAAAUAAAUAGCGUCUCCUUCUCUAUGUUGUAGUUUUAAGGCUGUAACGCACACUAAGAAAAAAAAAAAAGGGAACUGUCAUUAAAUCACACUUGUUAAAUGGUGUUUUAGUAUUUUUACUCAGGCCUGUGUUGACCUACAGAAGACAAAUACAUGUAAUGAGAUGUAAUGUGUUGACAAAAAAAAGAGAUAUUUUUAAAAGAAAAUACACUUCUGAAACAAC